AUGGCCCUCCAAAGUUACUCUUUUGUUACCGACGGUGGUGUCCUUGCUCGUCUGCAGAAGUUUACCUCCAUCACCUCGUACUCCAUCGUGUAUUCGAGGGAUUUUCGAAGAACGAGCCCUCCGCUCCGUUGGUUGGACUUGAUGAAACCGCCGCCCCUGGAUAACCAAGUGUUCGUGAAGGACCUGCCGAUAGACGCGCUCGAAGAUGAGAUCUUCGUUCACUUCUCGCGAGCCGGUCAAAUCUACGAAAUUAUCCUGAUGGUGGAUCCCGACAGUGAGGGCGUCCACAACCUCGGUUGCGCCUUCAUACGCUACGUUGACUCGGAAGGUGCGAAAAAUGCAGUGCGCCAUUUCCACAACUUCCCUUUUCGCUUACAGCGUCGGGUAGUGGUGGUUAAAGCAAUAGCGAGCAAAAGGGUGUAUAUUUUUGGGCUGCCGUUCAGCAAGUGCAAAACUCAAAUUUGGGACGAGCUGAUACGAAAGGGCCUUAAGAACAUCACGGACGUGAUUGUCCAUAAGCCUCCCGCGACGCACAAGAAAAAUCGCGGUUUCAUCUUCGUCGAGUUCGAAACCCACGAAAACGCGGCUUUCGUCCGGAACAAAUAUUAUCGUAACAACCCCUUGCAUUUGUUUGGAAGGAAGUGCCUCGUGGAUUGGACCAGCACCACCAUGACCGUAGAUUCGGAAGCGAUGGCAGAUGUGAAGAGGCUGUUCAUGCGCAACUUGCCCAGAUAUCUUUCGAGGAAAGAUAUUUUAGAAAUUUUGUACAAGUUGAUUGACGACAUGUGCUGCGUGGAAAAAAUCUACAAGGCCAAUCAGUUCGCCUUCAUCCACUUUGGUACAAGAGAAAUGGCCGAAACCGCUUUGCUUAGGUUGAAGCGCUAUUUUGAGAAUACCGACGUGGAAAUAACGUGGUGCAUCCCGCAGGAGGAGGAGGCGAAGUUGGAAAAAACAUUUCGAACGCAGCAGAAGAUGUUCAACAUCCUUUAUCUGUCGUCUUUCGAAGAAAAUUACCCGUUAUUUAGUCUAGAUUGCCUGAGUAGCGAUUCGAGUGGUUCCUCUGAAGGAAGCUCAUCCCCACCUAGGUUUCCAUCGGAUAUCGUUGCAUCCGUGUCUCAGUUCAAGGCUAUACUGGAUAGUGAACAACAAAGCCAGCAGUUCAGGAUCGAAUCCACAUACGUUUGCACACAAGCAAAUGAAGCAAGCCCAUCCGAGUCCUGCUGUAACAUAAGCAAGUUUCCCUUGCAGCAAGUCGUGGAGUCGCUCAAAAAGAACAUCCUGCCCCAAUGCGAACCGUCGACCAGCAAAAGUGCACAAGAACAAAGUGCACAAGAACAAAUUAUGGCAGUUGUAGAGGGCAGCGAAUUCGCGAUGCCCCCUCCUACAACAACUUGGCGAAGAAUGGACUACACACGAAAUUUCGGUGCUCCCAUUUCUGGAAUACAACAACCCACUGAGCCAUCUGUCGCAAUGGCGCGUUGGUCUGAGGGCGAAUCGGCUGCAUCAUCCAAUGAGGGCCUGCCAAGCAUGAUCAAUUGGUGGGAUCUACUAACAGAGCGUGAUGGUUGACGCCUUUAAAUCCUUUUAACCAAGCAUUAAUUCCCUGUAGUUUGUAGUCUUAAUUGUAUAUUGCCAUUGUAUACCUUAACUAGUGCUUGGUUAGACCCCUCUUGUGUGUAGCUUUUUAACAUUUAUGUUUCAUUGUUCCUUUUUGUCAUAGAUAUCGUAAGUAUCGUUAUGAUACUGAGCUAUGUGUUUGUGUUCCAAAAAAAUUAAUUGUAUGUA